AUGCCCAGAAAGGACGUCGUUUUUCUGCUUGACGGUUCAGAUGGCACGAGGAGUUCUUUCCCAGCAAUGCGUGACUUUGUACAAAGAGUAGUGGAGAAAUUAAACAUAGCGGAAAACAGAGACCGAGUUUCUGUGGUGCAGUUCAGUCGAGACCCAGAGGUCCAUUUCCAUUUAAAUGCCUACACAACGAAGGAAGACGUUUUAGACAGUGUGAGAGGUCUGAGACACAAAGGGGGCAGGCCCCUCAACACAGGGGCAGCUCUUCAACACGUCAAAGACAAUGUCUUUACUGCCUCUUCUGGCAGCAGACGACUGGAGGGUGUGCCGCAAGUGCUGAUUUUGCUUAGCGGGGGAAGGUCAUAUGACAAUGUUGACGCAGCAGCAUCCUCUCUGAAGGAAAUUGGAGUCUUGACCUUCGGAAUAGGAUCGAGGGGGUCUGAUAGCGGGGAAUUGCAGAGAAUUUCAAAUGACCCCAAGUAUGCUAUAUCUGUGUCUGACUUUAGUGAGCUUCCAAAUGUCCAAGAGCAGUUGCUGGACUCCGUAGAGACGGUUGCAAUACCCAUUGCUACAACGUCACCAACUGUUACCGCUGACUACACAACACCCAAAAAGGACGUAGUUUUUCUGUUGGACGGUUCCGAUGGCACUAGGAAUUCUUUCCCAGCAAUGCGUGACUUUGUACAAAGAGUAGUGGAGAAAUUAAACAUAGCGGAAAACAGAGACAGAGUUUCUGUGGUGCAGUACAGUCGAGAACCAGAGGUCAAUUUCUAUUUGAAUGCAUACACAACGAAGGAAGACGUUUUAGACAGUGUGAGAAGUCUGAGACACAAAGGGGGGAGACCCCUCAACACAGGGGCAGCUCUCCAGUACGUCAAAGACAAUGUCUUUACUGCCGCCUCUGGCAGCAGACGACUGGAGGGUGUGCCGCAAAUAUUGAUUCUCCUAAGUGGGGGAAGGUCAUAUGACAAUGUUGACGGAGCAGCAUCCUCUCUGAAGGAAAUUGGAGUCUUGACCUUCGGAAUAGGAUCGAGGGGCUCUGAUAGCAGGGAAUUGCAGAGAAUUUCAAAUGACCCCAAGUAUGCUAUAUCUGUGUCUGACUUUAGUGAGCUUCCAAAUGUCCAAGAGCAGUUGCUGGACUCCGUAGAGACGGUUGCAAUACCCAUUGCUACAACGUCACCAACUGUUACCGCUGACUACACAACACCCAAAAAGGACGUAGUUUUUCUGUUGGACGGUUCCGAUGGCACUAGGAAUUCUUUCCCAGCAAUGCGUGACUUUGUACAAAGAGUAGUGGAGAAAUUAAACAUAGCGGAAAACAGAGACAGAGUUUCUGUGGUGCAGUACAGUCGAGAACCAGAGUUCAAUUUCGAUUUGAAUGCAUACACAACGAAGGAAGACGUUUUAGACAGUGUGAGAAGUCUGAGACACAAAGGGGGGAGACCCCUCAACACAGGGGCAGCUCUCCAGUACGUCAAAGACAAUGUCUUUACUGCCGCCUCUGGCAGCAGACGACUGGAGGGUGUGCCGCAAAUAUUGAUUCUCCUAAGUGGGGGAAGGUCAUAUGACAGUGUUGACGCAGCAGCAUCCUCUCUGAAGGAAAUUGGAGUCUUGACCUUCGGAAUAGGAUCGAGGGGCUCUGAUAGCAGGGAAUUGCAGAGAAUUUCAAAUGACCCCAAGUAUGCUAUAUCUGUGUCUGACUUUAGUGAGCUUCCAAAUGUCCAAGAGCAGUUGCUGGCCUCCGUACACACGGUUGCAGUACCCAUUGCUACAACGUCACCAACUGGUAUGUGCAUGACAAACAUUUACGUGCUGUGCCUUUUCUGUCUAGAUUUGAAAUCGCUGAGUAGUUGUGGGCUGUGGGACAAUUACCAACAGCUUAAAUAGUUAAUGAACAGUGUGAAGUUCAGAAGGUGUAUGAACAUUGUCAAAAUGACAAAAGAUUUUUGAAUGUUAAGAAAAUAGCUUUGUGUUAAUGAUGCUUUUUUCCCUUAGCUGAUUACACCCUGCCCAGAAAGGACGUCGUUUUUCUGCUUGACGG